AUGCACAUUGUCACUACUUGUUUAUGUUACAGGAACUUGAAAAAGCAAACGAACUUUAAAAAAAAUAUACAAGAUUUCAAAAUGUCAUCAGGUAUCCCAAUUGCUCCAAUUGCUCCUUCGCUUAAAGCUACAGGUGAUCGUUUAGUCACUUUAGAGUUACAAGAUGGUACUGUUUUACAAGGUUAUUCAUUUGGUGCGGAAAAGAGUUGUGCCGGUGAAUUGGUUUUCCAAACUGGUAUGGUUGGUUAUCCAGAAUCCAUCACUGAUCCAUCUUAUGAGGGUCAAAUCUUAGUGAUCACAUUCCCUUUGGUUGGUAAUUAUGGUGUUCCUGAUUUUAAUCUAAAAACUAAAUUUAUCGAGUCUUUACCAAAAUAUUUUGAAAGUAAUAGAAUUCAUAUAGCUGGUUUAGUCAUCGCUCAUUAUACCGAAGAUUACUCACAUUGGUUAGCUGCAUCAUCUUUAGGCAAAUGGCUACAAAAAGAAGGUGUUCCAGGUAUCUAUGGUGUCGAUACAAGACUAUUGACGAAGCAUUUGAGAGAUUCAGGGUCUAUGCUUGGUAGAUUAGCUUUACAAAAAUUAAACACAAACAGAAUUAAUGCAACUUCUUCUAAUUGGCAAGAGGACUUUGAUGUUCCAGAAUGGGUUGAUCCAAAUACCCAAAAUUUAGUUUCUCUAGUUUCUACGCAAGAACCAAAAUUAUACACACCUCCUAAAGAAGGAAUAGACUUACAAACUGGUCCAGAUGGUAAGACAUUACGAAUUUUAGCUAUCGAUGUCGGCAUGAAAUAUAACCAAAUUCGUUGUUUUGUUAACCGUGGUGUUGAAUUGAAGGUUGUUCCAUGGAAUUAUGAUUUCACUUCUGAAGAAUAUGAUGGUUUAUUUAUUUCUAAUGGUCCAGGUGAUCCUUCAGUUUUGGACGAUUUAACGAAAAGAUUAACUUCUGUUGUUGAAGCUAAAAGGACUCCUAUUUUUGGCAUUUGUUUGGGCCAUCAACUGUUAGCAAGAGCCACUGGUGCGUCCACGUUGAAACUGAAAUUCGGUAACCGUGGUCAUAAUAUUCCAUGUACUUCUACUAUCAGUGGUCGCUGUUAUAUUACUUCUCAGAAUCAUGGUUUCGCUGUUGAUGUAGAUACUUUAUCCGAUGGUUGGAAACCUCUCUUUUAUAAUGCUAAUGACGGAUCUAAUGAAGGUAUUUAUCAUUCGGAAUUGCCGUUCUUUUCAGUGCAAUUCCAUCCUGAAUCAACUCCAGGUCCAAGAGAUACUGAAUUUCUGUUCGACGUAUUUAUCAAAGCUGUGAAAGAAUUUAAACACAAUAGAAUCCUAAAACCAGUUGAAUUCCCAGGCGGAAAAAUCGAAGAUAAUCUGGCAGCACAUCCAAGAGUAGAUCCUAAGAAGGUAUUGAUUUUAGGUUCAGGUGGGUUAUCCAUUGGUCAAGCUGGUGAAUUUGAUUAUUCAGGUUCUCAAGCUAUAAAGGCAUUGAAAGAAGAAGGUAUCUAUACCAUUUUGAUCAAUCCAAAUAUCGCUACGAUUCAAACAUCCAAAGGUUUAGCUGAUAAAGUAUACUUUUUACCUGUCACUGCAGAUUUUGUAAGAAAAGUUAUCCUACAUGAAAGACCAGAUGCAAUUUACGUCACAUUCGGUGGUCAAACAGCGCUCUCUGUCGGUAUUGAACUAAAAGAUGAAUUCGAAAGUUUAGGUGUCAAAGUUUUGGGUACUCCGAUCGAUACUAUCGUUGCUACCGAAGAUCGUGAAUUAUUCGCAAACAAAAUUGAAGAAAUUAAUGAAAAAUGUGCCAUGUCUCAUGCAGCUAAUUCUGUAGAAGAAGCUAUGGCCGCAGCUAAGGAUAUUGGCUUCCCAGUCAUUGUUCGUGCAGCAUUUGCAUUGGGUGGUUUAGGUUCUGGAUUUGCAGACAACGAAAAAGAAUUGAUAGACUUAUGUAAUGUUGCCUUCGCAUCAUCACCCCAAGUUUUGGUAGAAAGAUCCAUGAAGGGUUGGAAAGAAAUUGAGUACGAAGUGGUUCGUGAUGCCUUUGAUAACUGUGUCACCGUCUGUAAUAUGGAAAAUUUUGAUCCUCUAGGUAUUCAUACUGGUGACUCUAUUGUUGUUGCUCCAUCCCAGACAUUAUCAGAUGAAGAAUAUAAUAUGUUGAGAACUACAGCUGUUAAUGUUAUUAGACAUCUUGGUGUUGUUGGUGAAUGUAAUAUUCAAUAUGCUCUAAACCCUUUCUCUAAAGAAUAUUGUAUUAUUGAGGUCAAUGCUCGUUUGUCACGUUCUUCUGCGCUAGCUUCUAAAGCCACUGGUUAUCCAUUAGCUUAUACUGCUGCCAAAUUAGGAUUGAACAUUCCUUUAAAUGAAGUUACUAACUCUGUUACAAAAUCGACAUGUGCUUGCUUUGAACCAUCAUUAGAUUAUUGUGUGGUUAAGAUGCCAAGAUGGGACUUGAAAAAAUUCUCAAGAGUUUCGACUGAAUUAUCAUCAUCAAUGAAAUCUGUUGGUGAAGUAAUGAGUGUUGGUAGAACCUUCGAGGAAGCUAUACAAAAAGCCAUUAGGUCAACCGAAUAUGCUAACCUAGGUUUUAAUGAAACUGAUUUGAAUAUUAAUAUUGAUUACGAGUUGAAUAAUCCAUCUGAUCUACGUGUUUUCGCUAUUGCUAAUGCUUUUGCCAAGAAGGGUUACUCUGUAGAAAAAGUUUGGGAAAUGACAAAAAUUGAUAAAUGGUUCUUACAUAAGCUCUACGACUUGAUUACGUUUGGGCAAAAGCUUUGUGAAAUCGGUGCCAUUGAGAAUUUUCCAUCCUUAUUAUUGAGAGAAGCUAAACAACUAGGUUUUGAUGACAGGCAAAUUGCUAAAUUUUUGAACUCUAAUGAAGUUGCCAUUCGUAGAUUAAGAAAAGAUUAUGGUAUUACUCCUUUUGUGAAACAGAUCGAUACAGUUGCUGCUGAAUUUCCAGCUUUCACGAACUAUUUGUACAUGACAUAUAAUGCAGCCGCGCACGAUGUAACUUUCGAUGAUCAUGGUGUUAUGGUUCUAGGCUCAGGUGUUUAUCGUAUUGGUUCUUCUGUUGAAUUUGAUUGGUGUGCUGUUACCGCUGUUAGGACACUUCGUGCUAACGCAGUUAAGACUAUUAUGAUUAAUUACAAUCCAGAAACUGUCUCUACUGAUUAUGAUGAAGCUGACAGGUUAUAUUUUGAAACAAUCAAUUUAGAGAGAGUUUUAGAUAUUUAUGAACUUGAAUCUUCUGCUGGUGUUGUCGUUUCUAUGGGUGGUCAAACUUCUAAUAAUAUUGCAAUGUCAUUACACCACGAAAACGUCAAAAUUUUAGGUACUUCACCAUUAAUGAUCGACUCUGCUGAAAAUCGUUAUAAAUUCUCCCGUAUGCUGGACCAAAUUGGCGUCGACCAACCAGCAUGGAAAGAACUAACAUCCAUGGAUGAAGCAGAAGAAUUUGCUAAUAAAGUUGGUUAUCCAGUUUUAGUUCGUCCCUCUUAUGUUCUAUCUGGUGCUGCAAUGAAUACUGUUUAUUCGAGGAAUGAUUUAGAAUCUUAUUUGAAUCAAGCGGUUGAGGUAUCGCGUGAUUAUCCAGUCGUCAUUACCAAAUAUAUUGAAAAUGCUAAAGAAAUUGAAAUGGAUGCUGUCGCUAGAAAUGGUGAACUUGUCAUGCAUGUUGUGUCAGAACAUGUUGAAAAUGCCGGUGUUCAUUCCGGUGAUGCCACGUUGAUUGUACCUCCACAAGAUUUGGCACAAGAAACUGUUGAUAGAAUUGUCGUCGCAACGGCAAAGAUUGGUAAAGCAUUGAAAAUAACAGGUCCUUACAAUAUCCAAUUCAUUGCUAAAGAUAACGACAUUAAAGUUAUUGAAUGUAAUGUCCGUGCUUCACGUUCCUUCCCAUUCAUCUCAAAGGUUGUUGGUGUGAAUUUAAUCGAGUUAGCUACCAAGGCCAUUAUGGGAAUUCCAUUUGAGCCAUAUCCAGUUAAAAAGUUACCAAAUGAUUAUGUUGCUGUUAAAGUUCCUCAAUUCUCAUUUCCUCGUCUUGCUGGUGCAGAUCCUGUUUUAGGUGUGGAAAUGGCGUCUACCGGUGAAGUUGCAUCCUUUGGACAUUCUAAAUAUGAAGCAUACCUGAAGGCUUUACUUGCUACUGGCUUUAACUUACCAAAGAAAAACAUUUUAUUGUCCAUCGGUUCUUAUAAAGAGAAACAAGAAUUACUACCAUCUGUCAGAAAGCUCUUUGACAUGGGUUAUAAGUUAUUUGCUACUGCUGGUACAGCCGAUUUUAUGUCAGAAAAUGGUAUUCCUAUCCAAUACUUAGGUAUCUUAGACAAUGAGGAUGAAGAGAAAAAAGAAUAUUCCUUGACUCAACAUUUGGCGAAUAAUGAAAUCGACCUAUAUAUUAAUCUACCAUCAGCAAAUAGAUUCCGCCGUCCUGCUUCUUAUGUCUCCAAUGGUUAUAGAACCCGUAGAAUGGCCGUUGAUUAUUCUGUUCCUUUAGUCACCAAUGUUAAAUGUGCAAAGUUAUUGAUUGAAGCCAUGUCAAGAAUUAAAGAACUAGAUGUUUCAGAACGUGAUGCCCAAACUUCUCAUCGAACAAUUACUUUGCCUGGGUUGAUUAACGUUGCAUCGUUCGUUCCAAACGUUUCAAAUGUCAUUAAAGGCCCUGUUGAAUUAAGAGAGACAACAAGAUUAGGUUUAGAAUCUGGUUUUACAUUUUCUCAAAUCAUGCCAAGAUCCAUUAUUGGUCCAACUAUUACUGAUCAUCAUUCAUUGAAUGCGGCUUUCUCUACUGCUAAAGACGCUGCAUAUACCGACUUCUCGUUUACAAUUGCUGGGACUUCAAAUAAUGUUGAUUCAGUUGCCUCUUCAGCCGACAGAGUAAGUGCAUUAUUCCUACCAUUCCGUGAAUUAAAGGGUAAGGUUUCUGUUGUUGCUGAUCUUUUAAAGAAGUGGCCAACUGAGAAACAGGUUAUAGCUGAGGCAAAAACUGCUGAUUUGGCUUCCGUUUUACUAUUGACUUCAUUACAAAAUAGAUCCAUUCAUAUCACUGGUGUUUCGAACAGACAAGAUCUCUCAUUAAUUAUCGCUGUUAAAGCAAAAGACCCCAGAGUUACAUGUGAUGUUUGUAUCCAUUCGUUAUUUGUCACACAAGAAGACUAUCCGGAUGGUGUUUUCUUACUUACCCCCGAAGAUCAAAAGUUCUUCUGGGAUAAUUUAGAUUCUAUUGAUGCAUUUUCCAUUGGUGCUCUACCAACUGCCUUGGCUUCUAUUACUGGUAAUAAGGUGGAUAUUGGUUCUGGUAUCAAAGACGCCCUGCCUUUACUUUUCUCAGCUGUUGAAGAUGGCAGAUUAACAAUCGAAGAUAUUAUCUUACGUUUACAUGAUAAUCCAGUCAAAAUUUUCAAUAUUCCUGAACAAAAUGCACUAAUUGAAGUUGACUUAGAUUAUUCGUUCACUUCGAAUAAAAGAUGGUCUCCUUACACUAAGGGAGGAUUGAAAGGUGGUAUUGAACGUGUGCUAUUAAACAAUGAAAGUGUUGUUUUAAGCGGUGAAUUGAUCGCCAUUCAACCAACUGGUAUAUCUGUUGUUAAAGCACGCUCUGCUCCUGUUUCUGAAAUUAGGGAAGAAGAACCAUUACCAAAGGUACUUCCACAACGUGACUGGCCUACUUUUGAUAACGUUGAGGAUGCAGAACAAUAUAUGGAUCAACCAAUAGAACAAAAAUUAAUGUCAUCUAGACCACCAAAAGAAUUGAUUGUUCCAGGUGCUAUACAAAAUUUGAUCCGUGGUAAUAAUCCAUUCCUUGGUAGACAUAUUCUUUCUGUUAAACAAUUUGACCGUUCUGACUUACAUAUAUUAUUCGGUGUUGCUCAAGAGAUCAGAGCAGCUGUUGCCAGAUACGGUGUGCUAGAUUUGAUGAAAGGACAUGUCUUAAGUACUAUCUUUUACGAACCAUCUACUCGUACAUGCUCUUCAUUUAUUGCUGCUAUGGAACGUCUAGGUGGUAGAGUUGUCAAUAUUAAUCCAUCGGUAUCUUCUGUUAAGAAAGGUGAAACGUUACAAGAUACUAUUAGAACUGUUGCUUGUUAUGCAGAUGCUAUUGCUAUGCGUCAUCCUGAAGAAAUGUCUGUCCAUAUUGCUGCCAAGUAUUCUCCUGUUCCAAUUAUCAACGGUGGUAAUGGUUCCCGUGAACAUCCCACUCAAGCAUUCUUAGAUUUGUUUACUAUUCGUGAAGAGAUUGGUACUGUUAAUGGUAUCAACGUAACUUUCUUAGGUGAUUUAAAACAUGGUAGAACUGUCCAUUCUUUAUGUCGUUUAUUAAUGCAUUAUGAAGUUAAGGUUAAUUUAGUUUCUCCACCAGAAUUGAGGAUUCCAGCUGCUUUAAGAAAAGAACUAGAAGCUGCGAACAUGCUAGGUGUUGAAAGUGUUGAGCUAACUCCUGAAAUAAUUUCGAAAUCUGAUGUAUUGUACUGCACAAGAGUUCAAGAAGAGAGAUUUAAGAGUCGUGAAGACUAUGAACGUUUAAGAGAUGCAUACAUUGUUGACAAUAGAAUCUUGGCCCAUGCCAAAGAAAAUAUGGCUAUUAUGCAUCCACUUCCAAGAGUCAAUGAAAUCAAGGAAGAAGUUGAUUACGAUCAUCGUGCCGCAUACUUCAGACAAAUGAAAUACGGUCUCUAUGUUAGAAUGGCAUUAUUGGCUAUGGUUAUGGGUCUUGAUAUCUAA